AUGCGAGUGGCAGAUGAGAAAAACUUUCCGAUCUUCACCGAAGAGCCGAAAAAAGUCGUUCCAGAGGAGAAUGGUCGGAUGUACCGCUACUGGAUCUGUACCAUCGUCACGGGCCUUCUCACUUUACUUCAAGCCAAUAUUCACGUCUACAAUUUCACUGUCUUAUGUAUGCAAGAAGAACAGAAGCGAGCGAUCAAUGGUGAGUCUUGAAUAUUCAUUUUUCAUCAAUUACGUUUUCAUAAAUUAUUCGAAAAAAGUCUAGUUGGUGCUCUAGCCUUUAAAUUUUUAGUUGAAUCAAAAACCUCACGUUUUCAGCUUAAAAAAAUCGUUCUGUUCAAUCAAAUAAUGAAAUAUAUUUUGUCAGUAUGUGGGUUUGCGUCGAAGGUGUAUGCACAGAAGACGUUAUAUUUUACGAGCUUUAGUAUAAAUAUUUUCUAUCUUUUUUAUUGCAUUUAUCUUCCUAUAUUUAUUCCAACUACCUGAUCUUGACAAAAUCAGUAUCACGUUCUUUUUAAAAUGAAUAAUGUCUCAAACCAACUGUUUCAUGAAUGAAUGAUACGCUUGAAUAGAUCAUUUUAGCUGAUUUCUGAUGUUCAAGAAAAAAAAGAACAAUUUUUUCGACCUCCUUGUUGUUUCAAAACAAUUUCAAAAAGCAGGAAACAUCCCGCUUUUCCCAGCUUCCUACUCAAAAAAUUCUUACACUCGACGUUCAGUCACUAAUCAAAAAUUACAAUGACGCGUCAAUGUUUUUCCACCCUCAACUGACAAAAAAUAAACAAAAAGACUACAAUCAUUUGAUUCUUACAACGGAGUCGAUGUUCGAAACAAUUUCAAUCUAUUUUAGAAACGCUAGAAGACAUUCUACUCACUGGAAAUGCGUCGGAGAGCACGGUUCCGAUGAAAAAUAUGUUCGCCUACACCAAAUUGCAGCAGGAUUUGCUCUUUUCUGCAGCAUACAUUGCUCCUUUGCCGAGCAUAAUCGUACUUUAUUUCUUGGCCAAUAGAUCAGGCGUCAAGUGAGUUUGAAUCUUUGAUUCUUGAUGGCUAAUGAGGAUGUUCAGAAAAACUUUAUUGACGUGCUCGUUAAUUUCCUUCUUCUCAACGGUUUUAUCGCCGGCCGCCGCCUAUGGCGGGUUCUGGUUCUUCCUGGUCGCUCGAUUUUUCCAGGUGAUUGAUUAAUCAAGUUUUUUCUUCUGCUAACCUUGAACGUCCACAAGUUUUUCAAAAAAAUUAUAUGUCCUUCUCAAAAAGAUAAAAAGGGUAAUUGAGUUUUUGAAAUAGCCAGAAAGCUUCUUUUUGUCCUUGUUUCUAGGAAAAAAACUGAAAAUAUUUGAAAAUAUAAAAAAACUAAAAAUUUUUUUGCGCUUGAGGAAUUUUCCACCAAAAAACCCGUAAGAAAGGUGUUGGUAAGGGUUUUUGGAGGCUUUUUUCGAAUUUUUUCUUUGAUUUUCGGGCUCAAAAUCAAUUUAUUCAUUUUCCAGGGACUUCCAUCCGCUGUAUUUUCAAUCGUCGUCAGUGUCGUGACUUCACAUUGGUCCACUCUGGAAGGAAAUGGAGUCUACGUCUCGAUUUUGGCCGCCCAUUAUCAAGUUUGUUUAAUUUAUGAAUUAGAUCUAAAUUCUAUGCUUUGCAGAUCGCACCCCUCUUGACGAUGCCCCUUUCGGCUUUCUUCUGCACGACCCUUGGAUGGACCUGGGUCUACUACGUCCAAGGCACUUUGACCGCUGUUUUCACUAUUCUUCUAUUUGUUUUCUACACUGACAAACCGUCUGACAACAAGUGAGUUGGCUCUUCACUUUGAAUUUUGAAAAUUCAUUACUGAGCAAUACAGCCAAUUAAAUUUGCGCUAUCUUAACAUGUCAUCAGUUUCUCUGCUGAUUUUUGAUUGAAACAAAUUGAGUAAUAUUCAGAUACCUGCACAAGAGCGAGUUGAUUGCCAUCGAAGCCGGCAAAUCGCACGAAGAAAAGCACGUCGAGAAGACGAGGACGCCAUUCGCCGCCAUCCACAAGGACACGGCCGUCUGGGCGAUCUGGGUGACGUCAGUCGGUGGAACCAUCGGAUUCAGCAUCUUCCUCCAGUACGGCCCGACUUACCUCAACAAGGUCAGAUAGUCAACAAAACUUCCUCCUGAGUCUGAAUAUUACUUAAGCUGUAUAUUACUGUUAAUCCUCAAUUUUCAAUAUUUUUUGAGCCAUCCUUUCUUCCUAGAUUGAAAUCGUACAUGCCAAAGUACGACCAAGGUUUAUGUUGAAAAUGCAAGACGAAAGGAAAACCCAAAAUUGUUCUUUUUCGGAGCAUUUUACUCUGAAAUAUAGUCUGUGUGCCACGACUUGAAAUUUCACGGAACGACAUUCCGCUGUUCCGCUGCGUGCGUUUGCGAAGCGUCUUUGGAAUUUAAGUCAACUUUUCAAUUGAUUGUUAUUGCUGUGCGAGCAAAUGAAAGUAAAGUACCAUAAUAAAAGAAAUAAAAAAUUGAAAAAGCGACCAAGGUUCGCAAAGGCGCCCAGCGGCACAGCGGAACGUCGUUCGGUGGAACUUCAAGUCGUGGCACACAGACUAUAACACUGAGCACCUCUCCCUUCUCCUGUUUAUAUUUUUCUUUGUUAAAAUGUCCAAAAGGGAGCUCUUGAAACUACGUGAAGACGUUUCAGGUGCUGCACUACACCCUGUCGACGACCGGCUGGUCCGCCGCCAUCCCCUACAUCUUCUCGUGCAUCGCCAGAAUCGCGGCUCAGCCUCUCUCGGCCAACUGCACGUUCCUCGGCGAAAGACUCGCCGCCAUCGUCUCCACGACCAUCUCUCAAGGUUUGUUCCUCCUCUCCUAACGACAUCAAUCACAAAGGUAAAAGAAUCUGCGACUUUUUAUCGGUUUUCGUGAGAUUCUGGGCGACCGGUCGGGCCAAGAACCUGGUUCAGAAGUUGAGAACAUCAAUCUUUCCCCUUUCUUUUUUUUCUGAAAAGUCAACUGACCUAUCCAGCAAGUUCUAGUUUCAAGAAAGCAUGAAAGGACAUGUGGUAAAAGAGAUAAAAAAGGUAGAACCAUCAUGUGAUUUUUUCAGAAUACAAUUUGAUGCUUCUUCAGUUGAGAUAAGAAUGAAAAUGCGAAAAAUCAAUUCUUCAUUUUUAGUCAAGCUCUUAAUGAUAUAAUUUUCGGAAUUAAUUUAAAAUAAUGAUGUCAUUGUGGCAUCAAAGACGAUAACGUCUGGUUUUUCCGAAAUCCAGUUCUAUUUGAUAGACAUCCGUUGUAAAUUGAUCACACUUCUGUUAUCAAAUUAUGCGGAGAAGUUUUACGCACGACCGUGGGAAACCGGGGCCAAACUGUGUAAUUUUCAAAGAAAGUCGACCAAAGUCCAAACUAGACAUUGAAAUUCAGAAAUGGAGCUCUAGAGCACUUUGCCGAAGGAAAUUUUUUCUCGUCUUCGGAACAUUUUGAAGAUUUUUUUUUCAGGAACGAUGGCUGUGUGCUUCCUCGUUCUGAUGUUCAUCCCGAAAGACUGGAGCAACGUCGGCCAACUCUGCUACUCGCUGGUCAUCGUCGCCAACGGACUGAAUGGCGUCGGAAUCACUAGAAGUGCUCAAUUGGUUCGUUACUUUUUUCUUUUUUUUUUCCCAUGGCCUUCUUCACUACUUCUGAUCCAAAAGUCAUUUUUCAAAUUUUUCUCCCGUCAACUUUUAAAAUGAUCAAUUUCCAGGUGUGCAAGCAACACCUCUCGUUCGUCUACACGGCCAGGUCCUUCUACAACCAGACGGUCGGCCUUCUUCUGCCUUUGUUGGUGAACGGCAUCGCUCCCGACGACACCCACGAGCAGUGGUCCACUCUUUUCUUGUCAGUUUCUUUUCCUUCCUUUGUUCCAACUCUAGCCCAUUGUUGUUCUUUCUUUUCGAUUGACAGUCAAUAGUUGAGUUUUCAAACCGUUACAAAGAGAAGACGUCAUCGUCUGGUGUAACAUGCGUGAGCGUAAUAUCAAAAACCUCGACAACAACUUGUUGAUAGUUGACACGUAUAGUUUAUAAUUUGCAGGGUCAUCUUCGUCGUGGUGUUCCUGUCGAACAUCGUAUUCAUCUUUUUUGCCAAGGUCGAGGCGGCGCCGUGGACCGUCGGCACGGUCGAGGUCGACGACCGGUCCGAACACGAAAUCGAGGAGAUGAGGGACGACGACGACGCCGACAGCCGAUCCGAAGUCGUGCCCAAAAAAUGA